AUGAUUAAACGGAUUGAAGUCAGUUACACUGGAGAUGCUGAUCACAUUUGCAACGGCCGCAACAUUGAGUCUUUCGCACGCGCACGCGAACCACUAUUUGUAUCGUAUUUUUAAAUUCCCGUGAUUCAAUUUGUGUUUAUUUUUUUUUUAUCAAAGCUCUGUGAUCUAAACGUGUGCAAUAAAAGUGCAAUUGUGUUCGGAAUUGCUUCCGAUUGAUGUUUUUUUUGUUGUUGCCGUAGUUGUGUGUGAAGUUGCCUUAUUGAUCUGAUCAAAAAUAACCACACCGUUAAAAAACGUCGUUGUAGACAAUCCCGAUCCCGUUGAUAGUGUCCGUAAAAGCACGAGCACGCGACCACACUUUGACGGUGGUUUUAGUGUGAAUUUGUGUUCCGUUCCGUUCUGAUUGCGUGACUUCUUGACUAGCGCCUGCCCGGCCACAAAUAUGCCGCGUAAUUCCACCACAACCGGAGGGAGAUAUGAUGAUGAUGAUGAUCGCGUCUGGAACUGUGGCGCAUGGUUCGAGUACAUACUGGUCGUGGUCGUUUCGUCGAUUCUGCUCAUUGCGGCCUCGGUGCUGACCAUCUUCUGGACGAUCUACUACCGGAAGGGCUUCAACAUGGACGACCCGAAGCUGCAGUUCAAUCUACACCCUGUGCUCAUGAUCGGUGGAUACGUCACACUGUCAGGAUUCUCCAUUCUACUGUACCGAAUUUGCCGAUGCUGUUCGCAUUUGAUCGUGAAGCUGUGCCAUACCUUCUUCCAUGCCUGCUCAAUUCCCUGCAUAGUGAUCGGUUUCAUGGCCGUCUGGGACUCGCACAACCAGCAACAGAUUCCGAACUUCUACUCACUGCACUCCUGGCUCGGCAUGAUCACAAUGGGACUGUUUGCGCUCCAGUUUGUACUGGGAUUCUUCAGCUUCCUCAUUCUGCUGUGCUGCGAGAACGCAACGUACAAGUUCCGUUCGACAAUGGUUCCCAUCCACGCUAGCUUCGGUGUGGCCACGUUCAUGCUCGCCAUCGCUACUGCCGUAACCGGUUUGACCCAGAAGGCUCACUUUGAACUUGGUGAAAAUUACUCACAAACCAUUGAGGAGGGCAUCAUCAUGAACUCGAUCGGUGUCAUUCUGACCGGGCUCGGUAUCAUCAUUCCGUUUGCGGUACGUCGCUCCAACUCGCCAGCCAAUUGCAAGGUUUACGUUACGGAACGUAUCUAAGGCAAGCAAUGUUUUACAACUCAACAAACGCAAUGUUGUGCUACUGAAGCGCACGACAGAAAAACCUCCAACAAUCGAUAGGCGCGCGUAACGCAGAAAACAGGAACCAGGAGGAUUCAAUGAUAUAAAUUGAAAAUGAAUUGGUGGUUAAACACAAAACUGCACAAAGGCAGAACAAAUCGACAUCAGCUGCAAUGUCGUUUAUUUAUGGGAUCGAAUAGUUAAAUGCAAUGUAUUUACACACAUUUAGUUUACGAUCGUUGUGAGGUGCAACGAUGUUUUUUUAUCAUUCCUACACGAUUGUAAUGUAAAGUGCAACCAGCAGCAGCAACAAAAGAAUUGCGAAACAAAAGUUGUUUUAUUUUUAACAUGUUUCUUCCUUCCGAUAGUUUAUUAUUGCAAAAAGCAAGCGAGCAAGCGAAAAUGGAAAUUUGUUGUUCAAUGUUAUUUAUUGCAAUAUCUUAAAACACACAAAGGUGCGUUUAUCUCAAAGGAAGGAAAUGUUUGGAAUGCGUUUUGAACCUUUCUCCAUUAUAUUAAUAUCUCGUUCGAAUGACUCCCAUUGUGACUGCAACCAUGAACAAGUGUGAGAAGCUUGACGAUAGAAACCAGCCAUCAGUAAAAAAGAAAAUGGAAAUGUUUUAAUCAAAAUGCGUUAAACAAAAAACGCUGUACCAAACGGACGAGAAUAUUAUCAAGAGGAAAACACGAAUCAAACAAAAGUCUCUGGUGACCGCAUCAGCUAGCAGUAGCAGCAUUGAAUUAUACCAUUUAACCACUAAUAUUGAUACAAUUUCUCCAAAAGAAAAAAAAACCCAUAUUCGUCAGCUAAGUAGUGAACGACUCACAAGUAGACGAUUGAACGCUAUAGUAAAGAUAGACAGAACAGUGUGGCCGUUUGGCAGAAGAAGAAAUGAUAGUAAAUAAGCUAAAUGAAUCAACAAAACCACAAACAUACAACACAAUCCCACGUAAACAAAAUGUUAGUGCCAAUGGUGUAGAGCGUGCAAGCAUUGAUUGCAUCUCAAGCGCUUGUUAGUGAACACUUCAGCCAGGAUUUGGUUGUUUUAUGUUUCGUUUUUUUUUAAUUUGCUUUUUGCGAUCCUUAUAUGCAUGUCCGCUACCACCCCCCAGUACAUGAACAAUUGCUCAUUUUACGAGGACGGAAUUGAACUUUACUAUUUAUCGACAAAACGAAUCAAUCGAAUCAAAAUGAACCAUCGGGAUUUCAACAAAUAGCAAAAAAAACGAAAAAGAAAUGCAUAGUUUAGGUAAAUUUAAUCAUCCCCCCCCCCCUUUUUCAACACGUAUUCCAAUCUUACGGAAUGGUACGGUAGGUUCUGAUAUACAGAAGUACAUAGAUCGAUUUUAAGGUGAUCAUUCAAGUAAACACGAAAAAGCAUUACAUACGAGAACAAAACACGAAAACAAACAAAAAAAAUCAUAUGCAUAUAUUUAAAGAAAAUGUGUGUUCAAACAAAACUAACGUAUUAACUAUUUAAAACAAAACAAAAAACGGACGAAGGUAACGUAAAUGAUUGUUCAACGUAACGGUGUGUGCGAGUGUUGUGUGUGUGUGAUUGUAGCCACACGGAAUGUAAUCAAAGGCUAAAAACAUGGCCGCCAUCCCCGCGAAAAAAAGCAUCAAAUGGCGUUCGAAAUCGUACAAGAAUGGGCCAACAUUUGCCAGGGAUGCUCUAAAGGGCUUGUAAGGAAAAGAAAAACCCACCAAGUUUUUUUGCGAAACAUCUUCUCUUUACAUAGCGCGACAUAGCGCGGCUCGACGGAACCGAUCCCGUCUAGCCGGAGAGGAGGAGCAAAAAUGUUAGUAGCUACAUUACAUUACAUUCAAAGAGAUAAGAACAAAACAAACAAAACCAUUAUAUAGCGGCAAAAUACAGCUAGUGAGCGAUGUAAUCCAAACCUUUAAAUCGUAUUUACGUAGUUUAAACCAAAUUCCCUUCUUCAACGCGUCACAUAUUUCCGGCACCGGCUGCAAAGCUGGCGGGUAUUGUUGUACUUUAUACGACAUCGAAACUUGUUAUUACGUUUCGUCGUUACGUUACGUUACGUUUUGACCGUUACGUUCUUAUCCUAAGCCAUACGGGAUCGUUGCAAGGAUCGCUGCGUUACGAAAUGCGGAUGGCAGACCAAAACCACACUUUUACUACCACACUUACACUUACAAUUAGCCGUGACAAAUGAAAUGGGAAUAGAAACGAACCGGCAAACCCAGGCCGACCCAUGCAAUCAAAUGAUAAGCAAGAAUUUACAACAGCAAAAAGGAAAAAAAGGUACCAUCCGAUCGAAAAACAGUACAAUUUGCGCGUUAGUAGAGGGCAAUAAUAUUUAUGUAUUUCUCCGUACCUAAGUUGUGGCAGUACGUUACAUUUGCGCCAUCUUGUCUAACGCCCGUUUACAGAAAAGGCAAGCUCAAAAACCCAUUUGUGAAACCCAUUCGAAAUGUUUAUCCGUUACAUUUAGCUUAAAAACUGCAAUAAGAAGCAUACGGUGGCGCCGAACCGAUGGCGGGAAACGAUUAAAGCAUAAUUAAUCUAACGCGAAACACAUUUUUUAUACACGUAUGAUGAAAAAACAACAACCAAUUUUUGCUAUCGUCUCAUUUCCUAGCAAAAUGUUACAAAAUAACCAGCUGUGGAAAAUCAUUUCAUACCAUAAACACAAGUAUAUGUAAAAUAAAAGAUCUGUAGGAAAA